AUGACUAUUCCAAUUGACACACAGAAAUGUUGGAAAGCUCACAAUCUGUUACAACUCAGUCAGCUCAAAGAAGCACGUCUUUCGGAAACCACGACGGUCAAAAUGUUAUCUUUGCUUAAGGCACUGGCCAACAUUCAUGUUCUCCUUGGUAUUAUCAUGAUUGUGCUCAGCGGUUUGGCAGAUUAUACCAGUACACGGAUAAACACAAUUCGGUUGCAUGGACUCGAGGAGAUUUGCUCAUUCUAUUUUGUGCUAGUGGGGUUGGUCGGAAUUUGUGGUAGUGCUUCUUACCGCCGGGGACUUGUCAUCACCUAUCUGGUUAUGUGUAUUCACUCCAUAUUCAUUUUUGUGCCAGCGAUUAUAACAGUCUCCAGUUUUGAUAUUCAUUUCUAUCAGCAUGAAUGUUGGGGAGAGUGCGACUGGCACUUGCUUGCCACGUCACUUCCGACGAACAGCAGGUGUCAAAUCAUGUGCGGGGAUCAUGUCGAUGACGCAAUGAGGAGAAGGAUGACACGCCUCGGAACGGACUACCGUCUUGACGCCGGUCUUAUCUCAUUGGCAAUUCUCGAAUUCAUCCUUUCAAUUGUUACCUGUGUCGUUGCUUCAAGAACACUUUUCUCUCCAUUAAAGGAGCUUGGAGAUCAGGGAGCUUCUGGAGAAUUGACAGUCGAGUUGCAGCCACUGAAUCAAUCUGAAGAACAUACAGAUUCCAUUCCAAACGGAUCAACACAUUGA